AUGGCUGAUGGGACUGCAAACUAUGAUGAUGCUCUCUACAUGACUCGGGAAGAUAUUAACAUAGCCCACUCAAAACACGAGGCUAAUAACUCUAGCAGUCGAUGCGUUGACAUUGAAAAAAUAUUUGUUGAAGUCCAAGUACCUCCGAAAAUCCAGCCAAUCGACUCCAUUACGAUCAUAGAAGGAGAAAGUGCUUCAGCGAAAUGUACAGCCACAGGAAAACCUCCUCCAACUUAUCAGUGGAUUAAACUGAAGGACCGCCAAGACUUGUCGAUAACCGAUCGAUUUGAUGUAAAAGAAAACACUGGAGAGCUCAUCAUGAACAGAGUAGAAUUUAGUGAUGAUGGAGUGUACAAGUGCAUUGCUGAAAACACAGUUGCCAGAGAGGAAACUACCGUGAUGAUCAACGUUCUGGUGCGGCCCAAAAUAUACUCACUGAUAAAUGUUACCGCUCCAGUUGGCGCACAAGCUGAAUUGGUAUGCAAAUCAUAUGGAAGACCUCCUCCAAAAGUGUCAUUCAGGAAACUCAGCGAAAGAGAACCAUUUAAGGUAGGGCAGCAAUUAGACGAUCGAAGGAUCACGAUGGAGCAGCAGUUCUUCGAGGAAAAAGGUGAGGCAAUAGGUACUUUGAUAAUCUCCAAUCUCAGCAGAAGCGAUGAUGGUUUGUACGAAUGUAUGGCCGAUAAUAAAGCAGGCACAGGAUAUAAAAACGGGCAUAUCACCAUAGAAUUUCCACCUACCUUCGAAAGGACAAAAGAUCUGCCUCCAGUUUGGAGUUGGGACAACAAACCUGGGAAUCUGACUUGUUUACCAGAAGCUAUUCCUAAUGCAACGAUAAUUUGGAGGUACGGCGGCAUUGAGAUCCAAAAUAACCAGAAUUUCCAGAAAAUUGGAAACGGGCCUGCAUCAUUUCUUAUUGUAACUCCUCAUAACGAGAAACGCUUGUUUACCCAGUACGAGUGCAUUGCUUCCAACAAAUUAGGACAAUCCAGCAUAAAGAUUCAGCUCAAACAGGCAUUCGUACCAGCACAAGUUGCCCAAGCGAGACCAGAGUCUGUCACAGCUACCACGAUCAAGUUUAGUAUAAUACCUGCAAAUAAUUUUGAUGGAUUGCCACUCAGGUCCUACACUAUCAAAUAUAAACCUGAAAGAGAGUUGUCCUGGGAGUUUGCAAACAACCAUACUUGGAGUUACAAUGCUCCUUAUAUCUUAGAAAAUCUCGUCCCAGAAGAAACUUACCAUUUUCAAAUAGCCGCGAAAAACGAUGUAGGAAUGGGCGCGUUUAGCAAUUUAGAGUCGGUUACAAUGCCAAGGAGGUCAGAACCUGCUGAACCAAAGAUAUUGGUGGAGUCACACAACAGAAAAGAUGAAAAUAACAGCAACAGAGAAGAUAAGAUCGCGUUGAGUCCUUAUGCUGACCACUUUGAGUUGAGGUGGGGUGUUCCAAACGACAAUGGGGAUCCAAUUCAGCAUUAUUUGGUCAGAUAUUGUGUGAACUGUCAGGAUUGCUACACGAUUGGGGAGUAUGCUUGUGUGGACGAAAUGCUGGUUAGUUUCAGAGGGAGGUGUAAGUUCAAAAUGUACAUCCCAAACAAACCUGACAAAUAUGGGUUGAAAAUUAUGUGUUGCACAGAUGCAGGAACUGGAUAUUUCUAUAAUGGAUAUAUCUAUACAGGUAAAGAUUCAGAUGGAAGAAACUUGCCGAAUGAAGACAAAAAAUUCAGCAAACCAGCACAAAGUGUUCUUCGCCUAAUACAAACUGAAAUGUGA